AUGAAUACGAACGGAGAGUACGAAGCCCCGCCCUCGGUAGUUCCAGGAAUUUAUCGUCCAAAAAACCGCUUACCAAAUAUAAAUUUCAAGGAGCAUAGGAAGUAUCAACGUGCCGUUUUUAAGAAUGGCGAAUUUAACGUCGAAUGUAAAACGAAUCGACGGUUCACCAUUUUCUCCAAUUACAUCGUCGCUCUCGUCGAAGCCAGGUGGAGAUGGACCCUUCUCACCUUCGUCAGUGCGUACACGUGCGUCUGGCUUUUCUUCGGGACCGUGUACUGGAUAAUAUCUUACAACCACGAAGAUUUCACCCCCGACCACCUUCCUCAGCGCCAAAACGUGUCAAACUUUACGCCUUGCAUCAACAACCUCUACGGCUUCACAUCAGCUUUCCUCUUCAGCAUCGAAGUGCACACGACAGUCGCUUACGGAAAGAGGGCUAUCACCCUCGAAUGUCCUCAGACAAUAACCGCAAUGUGCCUGCAGUGCAUAGUCAGCUCGAUAUUCCAAGCCAUAAUGGUGGGCAUACUUUUCGCGAAGUUGACUCGUCCGAGAGGGCGAACGCGGACGAUCCUCUUCAGCCGACACGCAGUUAUAAAUCUAAGGAACGACAGAUUCUGUCUAAUAUUUAGAGUCGGCGAUAUGAGGAAGUCCCGCAUACUGAAUAUAAAACCUCAAGCGUACGUGAUAAGGUUCAAAACGGAAGACAGAGAGGUAGACAUCGACGAACAAAUCGAAUUGGACGUCGCGAUAGAUGAAUGCGAACAAACGUUUUUCCUAUGGCCGGUCACGGUGGUGCAUUUGAUAGAUGAAAAGAGCCCUUUCUAUGAAUUAUCGGCAGCCGAUUUGCUGUGCAGUAAAAUAGAGAUCCUCGUGGUUUUCGAAGGCGUGAUAGAAUCCACCGGUCAGUCGGUGCAGGCUCGCUCCAGUUAUACGGAGUAUGACAUGUUUUGGGGUCACAGGUUCGUGACCAUGAUCCGAUUCGAUACAGAUAGGAUGAUGUACGGCGUCGACUUUUCGAAGCUAUCGGAAAUUCAACAGGUGGAUACGCCUUUGUGUUCCGCCUGCGAGUACGGCGCGCUGCUAUCGAUUUUGCCGGACACCCCACUAGAAAGCAAUGCAUCCUAUGAAAUUAAUGAAUGGACGUGA